UGGGAAAAAUACAUCUUCAAAAAAAUUCAAAUGUGCCAUUAUAAUAAGUAGUAUAAAGUUAUUUGACAAUGGCGAUUGGACAAUGGAUGGUUAUGAACAGUGGCGUGAUAGGCUGCUGUAAAUAAACUAUCUGCAUCGGGCCUCCUGCGAGCGAAGCUGUGAGAAGACCAGGUAAAAACAUUUGAUGGAGCUACUCGUGUGAUGAAACAUUGUACUACUGACGAUGCACAUGGAGAGAAUGUAAAAGUAUACUCGGGAACCAGACGCAGUUCUCCACAUCCCGCCUGAGCAUGCCGGCAAAUGAAGCUGUUUCAUUGGACGUCCUGCUAACGUUAAAGGGGGCGUGAGGUUGCUGCUAGCGGCUAACCUAGCUGCUGUGUGAUCAUCUGGGACCUGGUUCAUUCUUGGCGGCGCCCUGCAGAAAAGAAACGAUGCUAUUGUAGAACAGGUCAUAUUUACAAUAUACGAUGUUUAGUUUACUUAUUUGAGCCCUAGAAGCUACCGGGCUGACGAACUGGAACAUAUAGUUAGUGAAGUGUUGCCUCGGCCUCCUGUGGACAUGGCGUUAUGGCUAUCGGCGUUAAUGCUAACUUAGCUAGUUAGCCUAGCAGGCUGGGCUGUUAGCUGCGGAUGGAACAAGGUAGCGGGAAGCGUAGCACAGCACUAGUUUACAUUAGCUAGACUCGCGUUGUGAGAAUCUCUUUACUUCAGCCUCGUCAGACUAACGUUAACGUCAUCCACGUUAAGACGUGAGGCGAACAUUGGCUUUGCAAUUAAAGUAAGUAGCUCGUGAGUUUAGCUAACGAUAGCUCAUUUAACGCGCUAAACAUGCAGUGCUAGUUUAGCAUAGUAGCGUCUCAGUCGUGCUCAGUUUCUGCCUUGCAACAGCAGACUAACAGGUCGGUAGCUAGCAGUUACCGGGCAUUGUGCGGUAUGUAGCUAUGGCAUGCUAACCAUCCAUCAGGGAAGUUUGAGACUGGUCAUAACGUUACAGGCAACGUUUGCGCAGACCAGUUCUGACUGAUAACAUAGUCGUGGUACGCAGAACUGAUAAAGAUAGCGUCGUUGUGAGUAAUAUCCAGGGUUAAUUAGCUUCAACACAGGAGUCGUAGACCGGGGCCUUGCAGAUUGCAGUGAGUUAGCGACAUUUCGUCGUAUUGAGGAUGUUUGUUCAAAGCGUGUAAAGUUAGCGAAGUUUGGAGAGCAACAAUGUAACGCCACUGAGCUGGUUAGCCAUUUUGAUUUGAUGAAUUGGUGGCGGGCUGCGUUGGCUAGCAAAAUGAACAAUUCAGGAGUCUCUCCACAAGAAACGAUGGAACUGGAUCUGGAAAUCCCGUCUUCUCUAGUUCAGACCGACGGACACCUAAGACGAUCCAACAGUGCACCCAUGAUAAAUGGCUUGAGUGAUAACUCCCAGGUGUUCCAGAGAGAGGUCCUGCGUAGCCGGAGAAAUAGCACUACGGUUGUCAACAGGCCGAACAUGGUCCCUUCAUCACCUAUUCGCGUCCCCAGCACCAGACUUCAUCAGAUAAAACAAGAGGAGGGUGUAGACGUGAUGAACAGGGAAACUGCUCAUGAGCGGGAGAUCCAAGCCGCCAUGCAAAUGAGCCAGUCCUGGGAAGAAAGUCUCAGCCUGAGUGACAAUGAUUUGGAGAAGUCCGCGUCUUCGUCUCCAAAGCGCGUCGACUUUGUCCCCGUGUCGCCUGCACCGUCUCCGACCAGAGGGAUUGGAAAAAAGCAGUGUUUCUCUCCGUCACUACAAAUCCUAGUGAGCAGCAAUGGCCUCACACCCAGCCCGAUCCCCAGCCCAACGCGCCGCUUCAGCCGACGGAGUCAAAGCCCGAUCAACUGCAUCAGAGCCAGCAUACUUGGGCCAAUGAAACGCAAAGGUGAGAUGGAGACAGAGAGUCAGCCUAAGAGGCUCUUCCAGGGCACCACCACCAUGCUGUCCUCUGACAUCUCCAGCCUGUCAGAGCUCAGUUCCUGCCACUCUCCAGAUUUGCUGGACGGCAGCCUCAGCAGCGUCAGCUCCUCCACAGACUCGCCGGGCAAAAUGGAGGGAGUGUCGCCUUCCUCGUCCAGCAAUUCGCCCUUCGCUUCCCUCCAGGAUCUGUCCCCAAAGUGAGCACGGCUUAGCGAGAGACACUGUAAAGGACCGGCGCCAAAAAAGUCUCCCUUUAGAGAACAAAGUUCCCUUCUCAGACCCUCCUCUCCGUGUUUGUGUCCGAGCGGCUGUUUUCAUGGCUACAUUUCGGAGGGUCUAGGUAUGUUUUUAAUUAAGGGAACGAAAGCCAUGGAUGAGUUUGAGUGUGGAAGGCCUAGCGUGACUAGGAGUCACUGAAGACACUGUGAGCACCAGCUGCUAGUAGAGGAUCUUGGAUGGUGCUUGGCUUCGUUGUGAUAGUGUUCAUAAGUGGCUAUGCUUUUUGUCAGACCAGUUCCCCUCACUGGAGAGACAUUGAGCACUGGACAUAAAAAAAGAAGACAAUUUGGAUGUGUAGGCUACGUGUUCUGUCUUUGUGCUGGAGAACGUCGGUCCACCGGCCUUUUUGUAUUUACACAAGUCUGCAGAUUUUGUAAGAAAAUCUUUAACUUAUUGUUUUCCUGCUCUGUUUGUAAUUAUGUACAUAUUAACCGUGUCGGAUGUCGUACAUAGUUUUUAAGUUUGUGACCGGCUGUGAGGUGAAUGUGCGCACAGGUCUUACGCAGCAGAAGUUUUCUUUGUAAAGGAACAAACUACUUUGGGGCUACACCUGUGGGGAUUUACUUACUGUUUAACUGUAAGAAGUUGUGUUUUCAGAAGAUUUUUCUUCAUAUUUUUACGAUAUAGGAGAUUUUUAACGGUGGGGAUUUUUUUUUUUCUUUCAUUUUGGCUUUCAUGCCCCCCUCUCCCUGUGACUUGCUGCAACUUUUAUUGCCUAGUAUGAACGAUUCAUGCACCUGCAGUUGGAACGUGGAUGGAAAAGAAGAUGCUCGUCACUGUGCUCUCAACACUAAAGGUUCCUCUGUAUCCUGUGUUUUUGUAGAUAAGCAGAGUAUAGAAACUAUUUUCUUUCUACUGGGGGAAUGUUCUUAUUUAUGGAGGGGGGGGGGGGGAGAAAGAAGUUUAUUAUAAGAAUCGGACGGCGAUGAAUUUCUCACCAUUUGUGUUGUCGUUUACAGCUAAUCAGCACAAACAAAAAUGGCACCGCCGCAUUGUGAGGGAAGAGACUGCUGUGGUUACUUUUAUUCAAAUAGCUUUUUGCACAGGAUGCACAAUCCUGUGAUGUUUCAGCCCGUGUGUAAGCAGGGCAGAAGCGAAACUUGACUUUGUCGUAAAACAUGAUCCAAGAGUGCAGUAUGUAGAGGUAAAGCCUGUACUGCCAAUUUUGUAUUUCUUUUUGCACCUAAAUUAGCUUUGAACUGUCAUGGCCCCGGUGUCCAUAUCCCCUGUGUAACUCAUACAUAUGAACCCUUUCAAGGCUCUGUCGCCAUUAACGUGUAUGUAAAAAAAAGAGAGGGCGCCCUUUUAACUUAAAGACGUGUGGCUGCAGUUAUUUUUAUUUUUUAAACAGUCUUUUCCCUCGAUAUACAAAGCAGUCAGCCUGCCCUGCUGUAAAGAUAUUUGAUAUUUUCUGUCGUCUUAUGAAGUGUUCAGGGCAUGAAUUCAGCAAAUCUUCUACUGUGUGACUGCAAUGGAAAGGCUGCAAUCUGCCACGCUGGCUCACAACUUGGCUGUGCUCGUGUCUUUUUGUGAUUGCAACUGUGGCGGACGUCAGGACUAAAUAAAUUAUUUCUUUAUUACGAGCGUGAAGCUGUUUUGAAUGUUCCAAGGAGAAUCUUUUGUCCUUUUAGCACUAAAACACAUUACUGAAGGAUAGUGUCAUUUCUAAACCUCAACCAACUUGUAAGGUACACAAAAUAACCUGAUCUCAUUUUAUACCAGACAGCUGUAUUGAGCCUUUUAUUACACGUACAUGUGUAGCAUUGAUGUAGCGAACAAACCACUAUCUUCACAAGAAGGUUUCUGAUUUGGUGACGUGUGAAAGUAUCUUUAAAAACUCAACCAGAUAAAGUGUCCACACAUGCAAAUGACUGCAUUUAGUCCUCGGCGUCUAUA